AUGCCCAGGACACACUCCAACAAUUUGCUCCAGUGUUCCAAGACGGCCUGUGUCUUUGCACAUACACUCAAGCCAUGCUGCAUCUGUCUCCUGGAAGUCAACCAGUCUUCCGUCCAAAGCGACCAGUCCCAUAUGCAGCCCUACCACUUGUCGAGACUGAACCGAAGCGCCUUGAGGAAUUGGAAGAACCUACAGGGCAACGGGCUCGUGGCCCGGUGAGUAGAGGCGUUGGCUUCUAAAUCAACAGGUCGCGAGUUCGAGGCUCGGGUGUUCCACACUUCGGGCUUGGGUAUGGCUGGCUGACGAUGGCUAAUAAGCCAGAAAUGGCCAUUCCAGUCUCCCUUGUCUUUGUCGGUAAUAUCAUUCUGGUUCCUGUAUCCAACGCCGCCUGGGCCGCUCCAAUCGUUGUGGUUAAGAAGCCCAAUGGUUUGAUUCGCAUUUGUACUGACUUCUCCACCGGUCUCAAUGCCGCGCUCACGCCGAACUGCUAUCCAUUGCCGGUUCCGGCUGAUCUUUUCACACUGCUGAAUGGUGGCACUUGCUUUGCCAAGUUGGAUCUCGCUGAUGCGUAUCUGCAAAUCGAGGUCGCCCCAGAGUCGUGCGAAUUGUUGACCAUCAACUCCCACCGCGGUCUCUUUCAAUAG